UUUCCCCAGAUCUCCGGGCUGCGGGCUCCGCGAUCACGUGGAAUCAUGAGCUAACCCCCACCCCAGCCCCUUCCUGGUCUUUAAAAGGAAGAACAGACUCCUCGUUAAGCCGUCCGAGACCUUUGCAGUCUCUCCAGCUGCCAACCCUUCCGACCACCACUCCCGCGCUCCGAGGCCGCUGGAAGCGCGGAGGCGGAGAGAACUGCCUCUCUGAACUUGCAGGGCGGAGAGGAGGUGGCGAGAGCUGGCACGCCGAGGGCUGGCAUCGCGCCGCGGCUGGCAUCGCGCCGCGGGCAGGGGCUGGCGUUCCAGGCCAGCGAGGGCGCCGCGAGCCGGUGAACCUGACUGCUCCGGGAGCAGCACGUGCCCUCGCUUGGAGAAUGCACGACCCGUGCGGUUACCUUCGCUUCAGGAAUGGCUUAAAGGCAUUUUUGUCUGCCCAUGGGUCUUUGAGAACAUUAUAAUGCCCCUUUGUGCUUCUUCUCACAAGGAGUUUUCUUGGUUGCUACCUAUUCAAGAAAUGGAUAUCAAAAACUCACCAACUAGCCUUAACUCUCCUGCCUCCUACAACUGUAGUCAAUCCAUCCCGCCCCUGGAACAUGGCCCUAUAUAUAUACCUUCUUCCUAUGUAGAGAGCCGCCGUGAAUAUUCAGCCAUGGCAUUCUACAGCCCUGCUAUGGUGAAUUAUAGCCUUCCCAGCAGCGUCAGUAACUCAGAAGGUGGGACCGGCCGGCAGACCACAAGCCCAAAUGUGUUAUGGCCAACUCCUGGGCACCUCUCUCCGUUAGCAAUCCAUUGCCAGUCUUCACUUCUGUACGCAGAACCUCAAAAGAGUCCUUGGUGCGAAGCACGAUCACUGGAACACACCUUACCUGUGAGAGAGACACUGAAAAGGAAGAUUAGUGGGAGCAGGUGCACCAGCCCUGUCACUAGUCCAAGUUCAAAGAGGGAUGCCCACUUCUGUGCCGUCUGCAGUGAUUAUGCAUCAGGAUAUCACUAUGGAGUCUGGUCAUGCGAAGGUUGUAAAGCCUUUUUUAAAAGAAGCAUUCAAGGACAUAAUGAUUAUAUUUGUCCAGCUACAAACCAGUGUACAAUAGAUAAGAACAGGCGCAAAAGCUGCCAGGCCUGCCGACUCCGCAAGUGCUAUGAAGUAGGAAUGGUGAAGUGCGGCUCCCGGAGAGAGAGGUGUGGAUACCGCAUAGUACGAAGACAGAGAAAUUCCGAGGAACAGCUGCACUGCCAGAGCAAGUCCAGGAAAAAUGGUGGCCACACGAAGGAGCUGCUGCUGAACGCCCUGAGCCCAGAGCAGUUGGUGCUCACCCUCCUGGAGGCUGAGCCGCCCAACGUGCUGGUGAGCCGGCCCAGCACGCCCUUCACCGAAGCCUCCAUGAUGAUGUCCCUGACCAAGCUGGCCGACAAGGAAUUGGUACACAUGAUCGGCUGGGCCAAGAAGAUUCCUGGCUUUGUUGAGCUCAGCCUGUUCGAUCAAGUGCGGCUCUUGGAGAGCUGCUGGCUGGAGGUGCUAAUGGUGGGGCUGAUGUGGCGCUCAAUCGACCACCCUGGCAAGCUCAUCUUUGCUCCAGACCUUGUUCUAGACAGGGAUGAGGGGAAGUGUGUAGAAGGAAUUCUGGAAAUCUUCGAUAUGCUUCUGGCAACGACUUCAAGGUUUCGAGAGUUGAAACUCCAACACAAAGAGUAUCUCUGUGUCAAGGCCAUGAUCCUCCUCAACUCCAGUAUGUACUCUUCAGGUGCAGCAACCCAGGAGGCCGAGAGCAGCCAGAAGCUGACCCACUUACUGAAUGCGGUGACGGACGCUCUGGUCUGGGUGAUCGCCAAGAGUGGCACCUCCUCCCAGCAGCAGUCCGUCCGCCUGGCCAACCUCCUGAUGCUCCUCUCUCACGUCAGGCACGCCAGGUAUGCCAGGUACAGACCAGCAGGAUCAGCCCCACCAGGGCAUGGGGUCACACAGUCAGUUGAGAUGAUGAAGUGCAAAAACGUGGUCCCAGUGUACGACCUGCUGCUGGAGAUGCUGAAUGCCCACACGCUCCACGGGUGCAAGUCUUCCACCUCGGGGUCUGCGGGCAGCCCGGCAGAGGACAGCAAGAGUAAAGAGGGCUCCCAGAGCCUGCAGUCGCAGUGAGGCCCAGUCCUGACAACAGGCCCACAGAGGUGGAGGGCUGAAGGACGGACUCCAGUGUGCGGCAUGGGCCCUGCCGGGCAUUGGUGGUUCAUCAUUGUUCUGUGCGGCUCCCCUGCUUGGUUAUGGCAGGCCCAGCAGGUGCCAUCCUUUCCCCCUCUCCACACCUGGGAGUCUGGGAGAGAAAGCCAGUUUUCCUUGUUACCAGGGGGCAGAUAUGAACGCAGUUUGUCUGUCAUGCAUGGUCCAUAGGAUCCCUAUGCGGUCCCUUGGUGUUUGGUCAUGCUUCCCCCACUUCAGAAAACAUCCUGAAGGUUUUGGAAUGAAUGGUGGAAUUCUGACGUAGGGCCGUAAUUCAGCAUGGGGAGGGAUGGUGACCUACCUAGAGGUUGUUACCUUAGAAUUGACUGUGUGCUUUUCUGACCACCUGAGUGUAGGAUUGACAAUCAACUAACCAUGAUGACAAUCCAUGAGCUAGUUUUACAUUCCUACCUCACAGACCUGUGAGGACUGACGUGCCGACUGCAUUGUGUCCAUGGCUGUGGCUAACCCGUGAGCUGUGUUCUUCCCCCUGCCCUUGCUGCUAUCUUCAUGCAGAUUUACCCCUCUCGAUCUGCAUCUGUAAAGACUGCACAUUAUUUGGAGUGACCAUGUGUGCGUUCAUGAUCCCUUUCAUAGAAGAUCAUGGGGGAUUUUAGUCUCUCUGGUCCUGGAGUUGCCCUUCCUGAAAGCUCUGUUGUCCCAAGAGGGUCCAGGGCACAGUGGAGAAGGGCUGUGUUUGCAGGAACGGAGUUCUCGUCCAUGGGUGGGAGCUACAGCUACAAAGCUUCCCUGGGCAACCGUGACCACUGCAUCAGCCUACCAAAGGAGACAGGGACCCUUCGGGUUGAGGAUGUGUAUAGCUCGCUGCCCUGUGGGAUAAAGAGCUACAGACGCCAGCGUGUCAGCCAGGGGGCCAGAUCAUGGACGUGCUCAAGAGCACAGCACGUCAACGACACCUGGUUUGGGAGCUCUCCUUACAAAAGAGAAAUACGUAGGGGGAAUUAUUAAUAGCCAGAAAGAACUCUUUUGCACCUUAUGAUUCCUUUAAAAUAUUUUCUUAUCAGAACAUUUAUUUCAUGGGCUAGAUGGAACAGAAAAUUAGUAAAAUAUUAGCUCUUACUCCAAGUGGAACAUAAAUAGGAAAGUAGCUCUAAAGUGGCCAUUUCCACUUGCUAUUUUUAAUCCUUUUUAUUUCUUAUUUUUUAAAUUAAUUUACAUUUAUUUACUGAGCAUUG